ACACGCACAACCAAUAAAUACAGUAAAUAAUUUCCUCAAGUUUUUUCUCCUUCAAGAUGCGUUGGACAGCCGAUCCUCCCCUCCUUAAUUCUCCGCUAAAAGCGAGGCCAAACGUACGGGAUCGUGACGGGCGUAACUCCCACCAGCAAUGCAUACGCUCCGAGUAUGGCGCAUGACCGAAUUGAAGAUCUUCCAAAAAGCCGACGAUCUUCUUGAUUGUCCAAUUUUCGUUUCGAUUUCGUGGCACUUACAGGUUUGUUCGAGCAGUUAAUCUCGCGAUUCUUCGGUUCAUGAAAGCCUUUUGCAACGUGAAAUGCCAUAAAAUUCUGCCUUCUUUUCUACUAACUACUAUUGCUCGGCCAUUUGCGUUGCUGCGUAUUUAAGUGUUGCGCCUACGCAACUUUCUCACCGCCUCCCCACUUGUUUCUUCCUCUCGCUGCUCUUCCUCCUUGGCGGAGGUGGAGGGAUGCUUGUCACCUACUACUCUGCCUUUUAAGCUCCCCACUCUUUCUUCCUCUCCCACCUCUCACACUCCUUCUUGGAUCUUCCCCGUAGCAUUGCUGGCUGUCCUUCGGCAGAUCAACCGGAAGCCAGCGUUGAGCAAGCAGCGGAGGAGAGCAAGACAGGAACACACAAGCAUUACUGCAUCUGAUCUCUGUUGUUCCAUUGCCUUGUGUGGCAAUUGGUCUUGCUUGUUGGGCGAUGGACAGGCACACAUGCAAGCUCUGCUUCCGGCGGUUCCAGAAUGGCCGUGCGCUGGGCGGCCACAUGCGCUCCCAUGUCAUGGCGGCUGCCGCUGCUGCCGCGGCUACUGCGUACUCGACGCCGCCGCCGCCACCGCGGCAGCAGUCGCCGCCACUGUCCUUGGCAUCCACCUCGUCGACGGACACGGAUGGUAAGCCAGCUCAACCGAAAUGGCUGUCCUGGGUCCUGCGUGCGGAUCCCGGAAGAAGCUGCAAGGUAGGCGCGCCUGAAUUCUCGGGCGGAUGCUUCGGCGGGGUUACCGCGGCGGCCGGCGAGUCGUCGGUCGUGCAGGACGGCGAGAGCGACACCGAGUCCCCGCGCGGUGGCGCGGGGUUCGCCGUGAGCCGACGGCGCUCGAAGCGAGCACGGCGGCGCGCGCCGCCGCCUGCGCCGGAUCCCGAGCCGGCAAGCACCGUCUCCGAUUCGACGCAGGAGGAGGACGUGGCCAUGUCGCUCGUGAUGCUGUCUCGGGACUCGUGGACGCGGUCCAGAUCCGACCCGGAGCCCCGCUGGGCCUCGGAGGCCAACGAUGUCGCCCACCUGCUUGACGAGGGCGAGGACGGCCGCGACGUGGCCGGCGAGGCUUACUACGCCGAGGCGGCGGCGGUGCACGUGCACCCACGCGCCAGGCACCAGUGCGGCGCAUGCAAGAAGGUGUUCCGGUCGUACCAGGCUCUCGGCGGCCACCGCGCCAGCGUCAAGAAAGGCAAGGGCGGCUGCGUGCCGCCGCCGGCUGGCAAGGCCUGCCGCGCCGACGCCCCGAUCGUCCACGAGUGCCCGUUCUGCUUCCGCGUGUUCGGCUCCGGGCAGGCCCUGGGCGGCCACAAGCGCGCGCACAUGCCGUUCGGCGGCCCGCUGGCCGCCUCGCCGUCGCCGGCGAAAUGCGGGGAUAGCUUCGGGUCCUUCGAUCUCAACGUGCCGGCCGCGUUCGACGACGACUUCGAGCUCUCCGCCGUGUACGACGCCGAGUUCGGCAGCACCCGACAGUGAGGUCAGCUGUUGUGACUCCUGACCAGCCGUCGUCCAGAUCGAUCUCCAGAUGUGCUGUGAAACGGCGGCCCAGCUUCUGCAUGUAUGGAUGGAUUCGAGGCUAGGGCUCUUCAUCCAUGCAAGAUCCAGGUGGAGAACAAUUCAGCAAAUAAUAUUUGAAAAAAAGCUCUCGUUUUUCGCUUAUUUUUUCAGUUACAAUACAUUACUGUGAUUGGCAGAACAGCCCGAUUCAUUUUUGUCCACUGUAUCUACACUAAAAAAAAUGUUGGUCACGGUGUCA